ACUGUUAAGCCAUACAUGAACGGCUAAACUACAAGUCAUCGUUUUACUAGGAAUACGUUUGUAAUUAUACGAUAAAACUGCACAAAACGUAAUAAAAGAUGGCGGAUGACUCAGGUGGAAUUGAAAAUACACCUAAAGAAACCGAAAAUUGUUCGGAAGCAAAAGAUGAAGAUCCUCCAAAGAAGAAAAUAACAGUUACUAUUAAAACACCAAAAGAAAGGGAGACAGUAGAAGUUGAAGAAGAUGCUUCGGUGAAGGACUUUAAGGAAAUAGUAGCCAAAAAGUUUAAUGCCGGGGUGGAUCAGCUGUGUUUAAUUUUUGCCGGAAAGAUUAUGAAAGAUCAAGAUACUUUACAAACUCAUAACAUCAAAGAUGGUUUAACAGUACAUCUUGUGAUCAAAACUGCACCUAGGACCGUAGAGUCAGGACCUUCACGCCCACCGGCCGACAUAAGUGCUACUCCUUUUAAUUUGGGUACUUUAGGAGGUUUGUCUGGAUUAGAGUCAUUGGGUUUGGGCUCUGCAAAUUUCAUGGAAUUGCAAAAUCGUUUGCAAUCUGAACUUUUAGGAAAUCCAGAAUUGAUGAGACAGGUUUUGGAUAAUCCAUUGGUACAAAGACUUAUGAGUGACCCUGAAAACAUGCGUACAUUGGUCACUAGUAACCCACAAAUGAGAGAAUUAAUUGAUAGAAAUCCAGAAAUAAACCACAUGUUAAACAAUCCAGAGCUUUUAAGACAAACCAUGGAACUAGCUAGAAAUCCUUCUAUGUUACAAGAAUUAAUGAGAAAUCAUGAUCGUGCUAUUAGUAACUUAGAAAGCAUUCCAGGAGGGUACAGUACUCUGCAACGCAUGUAUCGUGAUAUUCAGGAACCAAUGUUAAAUGCUGCUACUGAGCAAUUUUCACGUAAUCCAUUCUCAGGAUUAGUUGACAAUUCUGAUUCUGGAUCAGGUACUAAUCCUCAACAAGGUACAGAAAACAGAGAUCCACUUCCUAAUCCAUGGUCAAGUAAUGCUAGAUCAGGAACCAAUGAAUCAAGCACUCAGCAAAAUGUUCUUAAUAAUCCAUCCCUAGUCAGUUUAAUGCAGCAAAUGGCCGAAAACCCCCAGUUAAUGCAAAAUAUGAUGUCAGCACCUUAUAUCCAAAGCAUGAUGCAGGCUUUGGUAGCAGAUCCAAAUUUAGCAACGAGCAUCAUGUCACAAAAUCCCAUUUUCCAAACAAAUCCUGCAUUGCGAGAACGCAUGCGCACGAUGAUGCCUAAUUUGUUGCAACAAUUGCAGAAUCCAGAAAUACAUAAUUUGAUUGCUAAUCCCCAGGCCUUAAAUGCACUUAUGCAAAUUCAACAGGGAAUGGAAACAUUACGUCAGGCAGCACCCAAUUUUAUGGAUACUGUUGGUGUGUCUACCCCACCAUCUCUUACUACUGCACCUACUAUUACUACUACAACUACCACCAAUUCUUCAACAACUACUGUUCCUGCAUCAACUACUGCUACUUCAACAACUACAACUACUCCAUCUACUACAGAUCCCUUUUCAGAAUUUAUGGCACGAAUGGUAGCUGGAAUGGCCAAUCAACAAGAUGCAUCGUUACCACCGGAACAGCGGUAUCAAACUCAGUUAGAGCAAUUAUCAGCUAUGGGAUUUGUUAAUAGAGAUGCCAAUCUACAGGCGCUUAUAGCUACAUUCGGAGAUAUAAAUGCAGCAGUAGAGAGGCUGUUAGCUUUGGGUCAAAUGUCCAUGAGCUAACCAAAUUAGAAAG